CACACCGGGCUAAUGCAAAGGUCACAGUGUGGGUGUGUGUGUUGAAUUGCGAUUUCAUUUUGGUGUGGUAAGAUAUACGGUAGGCUUAGCAUUGAACAGUAAUUUUGUUGCGAGUCGUCAUUUCAUUUUUAUAUUGCUGUACCUGAGUUAUCACAUCUGUGCUGUGUAGAUUUAGUGGGCUACUGUCACAGGAAGUUAUAGUUACAGUCUUUAACUCGUAAUUCUGCUUAGAUCUAUUGAGUCAUGUCUGCUCCAGCACUUCCGCCCUUUGACAUCUCAGCGGCCAAGCUGAACCCGGACACGGUUGCCAUAGUAACUGGCUCAGCUGAUGGACUGGGCAAGGCUUUUGCGCACGCCUUGCUGCAGAAGGGCGCCAAGGGUGUGUGUAUUUCUGACGUAAACGAGGAGAAAGGGAAGGGCGCCCUCAAUGAAUUUGCGAAGGAAUUCGGUGAAGAUCGGGUCACCUUCGUCAAAUGUGACGUCACAGCACACGCAGAUUUUGAAGCGGUGUUUGCCAAGACUAAGGAGCGUUUUGGCCCUGUGAACUUGAUGGUUAAUAAUGCGGGAAUCUUGAACGAGAACGUGCCUGAUCUGUGUAUAGACGUCAAUGUGAAAGGAACCAUCGCCGGAACGUUCUCUGCCAUCAAAUACAUGGGCUCUGAAGCUGGGGGAAAAGGAGGAAAGAUAAUCAAUGUGGCUUCUUUAGCAGGUCUGGGACCCGCCGUUUUCAUGCCAGUCUACGCAGCCUCAAAGCAUGCCAUCGUUGGCCUGACUAAAUCUCUUGCGGUCGAUCCACGCCUACAGGCGCAGGGCAUAACCUUUGGGAUCUUGUGCCCAGCCUUCGCCAAAACUGCUAUCAUUGAGAAUCCGGCGUUAUUCAGACGGCCUGCCGAGGACUUCGCCAUUGCGGAGUCUGUUAUGGCUAAACAAGGAGUCUUAGAGAUCGCUGAGGUUCGUGACGCUUUCUUGCGACUAGUUUUAGACGACUCGUUCAAAGGUAAAGCGAUGACCCUCACAAAGGCGGGAGGCUUAGGUAUGGCUUAAAGGCAAUGGAGAGAACGAGGCUGUAAAACAUAUCAAUAAGUUUUUCAGAAUGCUAUUUUGAUGAAAAGAUGGAUUUAGUUUCGAUCAGGAAAAUUGGAGUUUAAAAAUUGAAAAUAGGUGGAGGUUGUUUUUUUUAUUUCUAGAUAUGACUAUCUCAGUGCCGUGAACUCUAGUUCUUACUAGAUUUAAUAUGUUUGCGCUUUGGUGUACGCGGUAUGUGCUUGGCGUUCACUAUACUUUCCAUAAUAUUAUUAAAAAGUUAAACAAAUUGACUGGAGCGGGGUUUGAACCUGCGACCUACUGUUUGGUGCUCUACCAACUGAGCUGUCCCCCAUGUUGGGUUUUCUUAAUAUAAUGAAGGCAAUAAAAGGUGUUUUUUAAAUAAUUCUCAAAAUGGUACACGUAUUUAAUACGGCAGUUUUGCUCACGAAUGUUUAUUUUGCAGAAAGGGUAAACUUAUCAACGUUAUCAUGUAAUAUUAAAAUUUAGUAAACUAAAAGAAUUACUCGUAGCAUGUAUGCACAUUGACGAUAACCUAAUCUGGUAGUCCCAUAACACUUCAGGAAAAUGCAUGGCCUACUGAACAUUGAUACGACCGUCAUUGUCUGAAAUGCACAUAUACGUGUUAUCAUUGAUGAGCAUUAAAACUUUGUUUAAAUUGUGAG